UGCGGCGUCAUUGUAGCAAGUGGGAAGUAUUUUUGUUGUAACACAGUUAUCAUGGAGGCGCAACGCAUUUUAGAAUAUCUGACUGAAGUUGAAGAGGCAGCAGAGGAUAUUCUUGCAAACAAACAACAGAUCGUGGAUCUGGACAAGAAGCGGAACAUGAACAGGGAAGCGUUGAAUGCUCUUAAAAAUGAGUUAGUUUCAGAAGAUCAGGAACAAUUGGACGAGGAGAUCCACAAACUUCGCAAUGUGAUGAAAGACCAACUGAACCACCUCAACAACCUACAAGGGAAACCAGAGCUGACUGGAUACAACCUGUCUCCUCUCUCCAGUGACGAGGUGAAGGCCAUCAACCACCUGUUGAAGAGAUGAUGGUUUGGAAUAGAAGUCGGGUUUCUUACGUCAUCUCACCUUUGUCUAAAAUGUUGAUGAACAUUUCAAAACUCUUGCUUAGUAAGAUAAAAAAAUAUUAAAAAGUAUCCUGACUGAAAGAUGUCUAUCAACAAGGGGAGGGCUAUUUUCAGUUUAUUUAUUAACCAAUUAAAAUGUUCUCAACUCUCAUCACUUUCCUGUUAACAGAAUUAUCAAGAUUCUGAAAAAUAGAAGUAGACUGAUAUUAAUACUUCUGUUUUGCUUUAAUUGAAGCACUGCAGUGUUUUCAGUGUCAUUCACUUUGGUUCCAAACAGUUCUUCUCUGGCCCCUUUGGAGGAGGGGAGGCAUAGAGAGUGAAAAUGAAUUCUUCCAAAAGAAGCAAACAAAUGAAUUGUUAAAUAUAUGUACUGAUAUUAAAAGACUCAAUACUCGACAUCUCUACCACUCAGAAACUCAGAGGAGUGAAAGCCUCCACUAGUCUGGAAUACCAUGGAAUUAAUUGAACUAGUUUUUUCCAGUAGUGACCUGGCAUGGACUUGACCUUCGGUGACCCUGGACUGUGUUAUGUCACUACCAUGUUUUUUGUGUCUGGGAUGUGUAAUAUACAUGUCACUACCAUGUUCUUUGUGUAUGGGAUGUGUAAUAUACAUGUCACUACCAUGUUCUUUGUGUCUGGGAUGUGUAAUAUACAUGUCACUACCAUGUUCUUUGUGUCUGGGAUGUGUAAUAUACCUGUCACUACCAUGUUCUUUGUGUCUGGGAUGUGUGAUAUAUAUGCAGCUGGAUAUAUAACCAUGAUCCAUGUGUCAUUAUGUAAUUAUUUGUUGGAGAACAACCAGCAAUGAUAUCACAUGUAUUUUGGUCUGGAGUUAUAUUUGUGUCUUUCAGCCGCCUGUUCUUCUGUAUCAGUGUUCAGAGAUGUUGCAUUGUUUCUAUGCUUCCAGCAGAUGGCAGUAUGUCUCAGUGAAAAGCCAAGCAGGCGUAGGGAGCUUCUAUAUUAAAUAACCUGAUACCAAGUUCAUCUAUGAAAA